AUGAACGAAACUUCUGACUUCUGCGCCAUCAUCGAUGAUUCUUGGAGAGUCCACGCCCGUUCCUGUCGAGGCGGGUUCGACUUCACACUUCUCUUUGAGGAAUUGGCGCUAUGUAUCCUGCCAAUUGCCUUUGUCAUUACCUUAUCCCCCAUUCGGAUAUACACUCUCUUGCAGACCGACAGUAAAGUUGGACCAUCAAAACGACCAAUAUUAAAAACAUCAGGAUGGCUUCUCUGGGGUGCCCUGCAAUUCCUGCAGGCAAUUAUAUGGGCCCUACCAAACGCCCGAAAUACUCGAGCUUCGAUUGCUGCCAGCUUGCUCAUGGGAUGUGGAUCGCUCAUUCUGUGUGUUUUGUCAUACAUGGAGCAUUUCCGCAACGUUCGGCCGUCACUCUUGCUCGAGCUCUAUUUGUUGGUCACCCUACUCUUCGAUGUCACAAGGACGAGGACUCUCUGGCUACGCGAUGAUAAUGACUACAACAAGCUCAUGGCAGUCAUUGCCAGCUUUGCCGUCGCUGUCAAGGUUGUGCUUGUUGUGCUCGAAGGCUGGCAGAAGAGAGCUAUCCUGAAAGACAAGUACCGAGCCUACCCUCCAGAGGCGCUCGCGGGACUCGCCAACCGUGUGCUUUUCUGGUGGCUUAACCCCCUUUUCUUCAAGGGAUAUUUCAAGCUCCUUCGAGUGGAGGAUCUGUAUCCCCUCGAUAAAAGACUCGAGUCAGCACGAUUGCACUUUGCAGAGAAUCGGACAGGCAAAGCUUCCCUUCUGAAUGUUGUUUUCAAGACUUUCAAAUGGUCAAUACUUGCAGUGGUGCCUCCGAGGCUGUGUCUGAUUGGAUUGACGUUCUGUCAGCCACUCCUUCUCCACAGAGCAAUGGAGCUCUCUGCAGAAAAGGUAACAAUCGAGUCAACACAUGUUGGAUACGGGCUCAUUGGUGCUUACGUCUUGGUAUAUGUCGGAAUGGCGAUUAUGAUGAGUCAACAACAGCAUCUCACGUAUCGCGCAAUUACUAUGGUCCGCGGCGCAGUUGUAUCCUUGAUCUAUAAAAAAGCCAGCAUGCUCACAAUCAAAGAUGCUGAUCCGGCUGCGUCUAUGACCCUCAUGAGCGCAGACAUCGAGAGAAUCGUCCAGGGGUGGCAAACAAUGCAUGAAAUCUGGGCGAAUGCCACUGAGAUUGCACUCGCAAUUAUUUUAUUGGAGAAACAACUUAGUAUCGCCUGUGCGGUACCUGUGGGCGUGUCUAUCUUCGCCCUUGUGUGUUCCUUGGUUGCAAUGUCUGGCGUCAUGGCAAGGCAAGCCAAGUGGCUAGAGGCAAUUGAGCGGCGCAUCUCUUCGACUGCUGCCAUGCUUGCAUCAAUCAAGGGUGCUAAACUGCUUGGCCUCAAGCCGUCCCUCAUGGCCUCAAUUCAGGACCUACGAUUGCAGGAACUUACUAUUUCUAAAGCCUUCCGAAAGCUUUUAGUAUGGAACAUGGCAUUUGCCUGGAUGACUCGCAUCUUCGCCCCCAUUGUGUCUUUUGCUGCGUACGUCGCCAUCUCAGAAAACGCAGGGCGCGGGUCCUCGCUCGACAUCAAUAUGGUUUACACAUCACUUUCGCUCUUCGCUCUCCUGGCAGACCCAUUCUUGUCCCUGGUCAUGGCGCUCAUGGGGUUCCUUGGCUCAAUUGGUUCUUUCACACGAAUCCAGGAAUUCCUCAACAAAGAGACUUAUCAUGGGAACCCCAAUACCUCCCACUGGAGCUCUGUCACUAGCCUAUCCCCGUACAAGGAGCGUCAUCUUUCAUCCGAUACGUCCAGUACGCUGGGAAUGAAACUUGCCCUCCCAUUUCUUGAUACUCUCAUGGUGGAGAGUGCAAGCUUUGGAUGGGAUCCCAAAGCAGACCCAAAUCUGCAGGAUAUAACAUUGACGUUCCCCGGUCGAAGUUUCUCCAUGAUUGUCGGUCCCUCCGGGUCUGGUAAGUCAACACUAUUGAAGGCCCUGCUUGGUGAGGUCCCGCGGCUUCAGGGUAAGGUGCAGGUUUCGUCCGAUAGCAUUGCAUACUGCGACCAAACGCCUUGGCAUAUGAAUGGUACGAUUCGGGAGAGCAUUAUUGCUAUGUCAGAGUUCGACCUGCUAUGGUAUACCACUAUCAUAAAAGCAUGUGCUUUAGAGCAAGACCUAGCCCAGUGGCCCCAAGGUGACCAGGCUAUUAUUGGCAGUCGUGGUGUUGCCCUUAGUGGCGGACAAAGCCAGAGAAUUGCACUGGCAAGGGCUAUAUACGCCCGGAAACGAAUUUUGCUCCUCGAUGAUGUUUUCAGCGGUCUCGAUGCAGCCACGGAGAACCACAUUUUCUGCAGCUUGCUUGGAGUGACUGGACUCCUGCGGGAAGCUGGCACUACUGUUGUCCUCGCUUCAUCUUCUGUCAAGAGAGUCCCAUACGCCGACCACAUCGUUGUGCUAGAUGAAGAAGGAAGACUGACAGAGUCUGGCUCGUUCGGUGACCUCGCUGAGCAAUCAGGAUACGUCUCUAGUUUCUCUCUUCCAGCUCCGAACUGGGACUCCACCGGCGAGACGGAGUGCUUUCCCAAACCAAAACCAUCUCGCACAGCGGUCUUGCCAGUAAAGAAGGCUGAUUGGAGCGAGGAGAAUGUGCACAAGCAUACCGGCAGUCUUGCAACCUACCUGUUCUACAUCCGCGCCGUGGGCUGGAUUCCAACGAUAAUAUUCCUCGCGGCCAUCGCCGCAUUCGUGUUCUGCAUUUCCUUCCCAAGUAUCUGGUUGAAAUGGUGGGUUGCUGCAGAUGCCGCGGAACCUGGUGAGCAUACACAGCACUACGUCGGGAUCUACUUCAUGCUAGGCGGUCUUGCUAUGAUUUGCUUGAUCAUAAGCUGUUGGGAGGUCGUUGUGACGUCAGUCCCCAAGUCCGGGGAAAGGUUCCAUGAAGCAAUUUUGGAUACUGUUCUAAGUGCUCCUAUGCGAUUCCUCUCGACUACAGACAGUGGAUCCAUCCUCAACCGAUUCAGCCAAGAUUUGCAGCUCAUAGAUAUGGAGCUUCCCAUCGCUGCAAUCAACGUCGUUGCCACACUUUUCUUGUGUCUUGCACAAAUGAUCCUAGUCGGAGUUGCGUCUGUGUAUGCGGCAAUCGCAUUUCCUGUGGUGCUGCUAUCAUUGUAUGCCAUCCAAAAGGUGUAUCUGCGCACAUCCCGCCAGCUCCGACUGCUCGAAAUCGAAGCCAAAGCGCCGCUCCUGUCCCAUUUUACAGACUGCUUGAGCGGACUAGUCACACUUCGAGCCUUCGGUUGGCAAGACGCAAUGGAAGAGAGGAACUUGAACAUCCUUGACUACUCCCAGCGCCCUUUCUAUUCCAUGUAUUCUGCGCAGAGAUGGCUAACCCUCACCCUGGAUCUUGUUGUUGCGGGCAUCGCCAUUAUCCUGAUUAUCCUUGUUGUAGCUUUGAGGGGCUCAAUGAAUGCCCCCUAUGUUGGAAUCGCCUUGUUCAACGUGAUCCUUUUCAGUCAAACCGUCAAACUUCUGGUCCAAUUUUGGACAAACAUGGAAACCCAUAUCGGCUCUGUUGUGCGAGUGAAGGAUUUUACCGAGAAUGUCGAAAGGGAAGAUCUGCCGUCAGAGAACAAUCCUGUUCCACCCUUGUGGCCCAGCCAGGGCGCGAUUGAAUUCCACAACGUCUCCGCUUCAUACGGAUCUUCGGACUUGGUACUGAAGGACGUUUCUCUUGAAAUCAAGCCGGGAGAGAAAGUUGGCAUCUGUGGGAGGACAGGAAGUGGCAAAACUUCUCUGAUGUUGAGCAUCUUCCGCAUGAUUGAACUCAAUGCCGGUACUGUUAUUAUCGACGGACUCGAUAUCUCAACUAUCCCGCGGCAGGAGAUCCGAGCCCGCCUGAACGGUGUUUCACAGGACGCCGUCUUCAUAAAGGGCACCGUCCGACAGAAUGCAGAUCCUACAGGCGCAAGCUCAGAUCGUGCAAUUUGGGAUGCCCUUAAAAAUGUCCAACUCCUGACCGUUGUACAAGAGAAGGGUGGUUUAAGCGCGAAUAUCGACGAUCUGCACCUGUCCCACGGGCAAAGACAGCUUUUCUGCCUCGUGCGCGCGAUCCUCCACCCCAGCAAGAUCCUUGUUCUGGACGAAGCGACUAGCAAUGUCGACAACAAGACAGACGAGACAAUGCAGCGUAUUAUUCGCGAGAAAUUCUCCAACCACACUAUUAUCGCAGUUGCACACAAGUUAGACACGAUCCUUGAUUAUGAUAAGGUUGUGGUGCUGGAUUCUGGUCGGGUUAUAGAGUGCGAGGAUCCAUACACACUGUUGACGCGCGAUUCGGCGUUCAGCAAGCUAUACGCUAAUUCCUUAGCUUCAGAGGAGGAGCUGCCGAAUUAG